AUUCUGUCGGAUCGGAAGUAAAGAAAAACUAAUCAUAAAUUUUCUACAUUUAAAUAUUAAUUAAGACUUAAAGAAGUUUCAAAAUGAGGUCCACUGGACCAGAAAUACUUUUUUGCAUUUCAUUGCUGAUAGCAAGUACUGUCGCGCAAGGAGGUCAUAUGAGUGAGCAACGUCGUCAGUAUGAAUAUCAACGUUCGUAUAGUGGUGGUGGUAGCGGUGCCGGUUGUGGCGAUUGUCAAACGUCCAGUAGAAUGUCUGAAAGUGGUUCGACUUGGAUUCAGCAACAACGGGAAGAAAUGCAACGUCGCGCAGAGCAAUUUCGUAACCAAUUUCAUACUGCAGUCAGUAAUGGUGGAAUGACUCGUGCUCACUACAAAAAGUACCAUAGUUCUUCAAGUGGUUUACAAGGAGCUGACUGCACACAAGGACAUCAAUCAAGCUCAAUGCGCAAAGUAGAGGAACGUCAACAUGUUGUUCCACAACCUUCUCUUGUGCAUCGUUCGAGAAAAUUCGAAGAAUCUAGCCGAAAUGUGCAACAACAACUUGUACCAGAAACAUCAUAUAGAUUCAACAAGGAAAUCGAAGAACGACGCGGAGAAACUCAUGUUCCAAUCGGUGGCCAUAUGAGUCGAUUCUUUGAGGAGGAACACAGGCAACAAGUGCAUCAACCACCGCCAGUUGUAACCCAUUUUUCCAAAAAGUUUGAAGAAGAAAGGAGAAACGUUGCACCUCCGCCACCGCCCGUAACUUACAAAAUCGAAAAGAAGUUUGAAGAAGAACGACGUAAUAUUAUUCAGCCUCCACCUGUAACAUAUAAGAUGGAAAAGAAAAUAGAAGAACGCAAAUCUAAUACGCAUCGCGUUGUUAUUCCGAUGCAAAAACAUGUAACGCAACGUGUCGAGUCCCAUCAAGCAGCAGAACAAAUCCCUGUUCACAGGAAUUCCUAUUUUUCCGUAAGUCAAGCAGAGAGACAUCGUCAACAUGCAAACCAUUUCCCGCAAUUUUAUUCUAAACAUCAAUUGGAAGAAUCGUCACAACGCAGUGUCCCCAUACCUCAACCAGUAACAAACUAUAAAAAAACUGAGAAAAUCGAAGAAAAUAAAUUCCAUCGUCCAAUUGUUCCUAGCUACCACACCGUUCGAAAUAAGGAAGAAGAUCAUGUUUACAACCGCCCAGUAACACAUGUCAUUAAAGAAGUUGAAUAUGAAGAUACACAUCACUAUAACAAGCAAUACGAGAAGAAAAAUGAAGAAGAGCAUCGUGAAUUCCAAAGGAUAGUGUUCCCUACAUGGGUACAAAAACAAAGUGAUCGUUUGAUUUACGAAGAAUAUUAUCGUCAAACAGUAACUCCUCGAGAUUAUGGACGAAACCUGACGCGCUCUGAGGAAAAUCGUUUUUAUGACUACUACACAAAACAAGGCGGCACUACGUUGGACGAAUUGAAAGAGACAUUAGAGGAACAUUAUGUGUAUCCAUCAUAUAUUUUGUCCACAGAUGAGAAAAAAAUAUUUGAAGAGUUUUAUCUUACUCACGUAGGAAUGACUGUACCCACUCGAAACUUGACGACUUAUGAGUUAGAGGAAUUCGAAGACUUUUAUAGGGAAAAACUUGCUGCUAACAUACAAGAAAAAGAAACUGUCUAUAAAGCCAAAACAUAUAAUUUGCAUUACCCAAGUUGGGUGGUAAUGGAGUCGGACAAGAAAAUCUUUGAAGAAUACUACUUUAGCCACGUACCAGAGAACGAAUAUGGACGCGAGUUAACGAAAGAUGAGAAAGUUGAAUUCGAGAUAUUUUAUAGUGAAAACGGUGGUCAAACAGAUCACAAAGUAGAGACUUUUAAUAAUUCCGGUUAUCGCAUCACUUAUCCCGAUUGGGUGAUUACAACGGAAGAUCGUGCAAUUUAUGAAGAAUAUUACAGAAUGGUGGCCGGAGAGAAUUACGGACGAGAAUUGACGGAAGAAGAGAUGGUAGAAUUUGAGGAAUUUUACAAGACUCAUGGUGGAACGACAAAACACGAGGCAGUUGUCGAGGAUUUGAGUCAUUUGAGCUACAAAGUUAACUAUCCGUCGUGGAUUGUUACCCAAGUUGACAAAGUAAUUUUUGAAGAAUUUUAUCGCCUUCAUGUUAAAGCUGAAGAAUACGGACGAGAACUUACAUUCGAGGAACUUUUAGAUUUUGAGGAAUAUUACAAAAAUCGUGGUGGUAAUACCAGAAAAGUUUUGGAAGAGACCUUGUUCAUGAGAUUGUCUUACCCCUCGUGGCUUCGAACGGAAUAUGACAGAUCUAUGUUCCGCGAGUUUUAUUUGCAUCAAGUUUUUGUUGAAGAUUAUGGAAGACUUUUGACGGAGGAAGAGGAAUCGCAGUUUGUAGAGUACUACGACAGACACACAAAAGGUCAAUAUGAAACAUUGAGAGGUCAAACUGAUUAUCAAUGGGUCUAUCCUUCAUUUGUUGUAACGAGAAGUGACAGGCGGAUAUUUAACGAGUACUAUAAUCAAUGUAUGGCUAGCAAAUUGGAUCUUGGACGAGAAUUAACAGAGAGUGAAAAAAUCGACUUCCAACAAUUCUUCAUUGAAAGAGGUGGACUUUAUGAAUACAGAUACACACGUGAAGAAUACUUGUUGACAUUUGACCUAGACAGAAUGAGAGGAGGCAGUGCUUAUCAAUGGACAUGGGAUGGUGUCGAACAUAUGGCUGCUGAGCUAACUCAUUUAGUAGCAGGAUCGCCAGAUGUUCAUCAUACGGAUGAUUUGGAUAAAAAAGUUUAUGGUUCAACAAAAGUAGAAGAGCUGCCUUCUCCACCACCUCCAACAACGACAACUACCACUGAAAAACCAAAGAAAACUGUCAUUAGCAAAGACAGAGGAGAUCAACCACCUCGUGAAUUUGAAGAAGAUGUUGAAACAGAACCCGGAAUAGGACCUUAUGAGCCUCCUCCAGAGCCUAUUAUAGAGCUUCCCAGUCGUACCAUUCCUGCUCAAGAUGAAUACGAAUCUGGUCACAGAACAAAAGCUGAGCACCGAGAGGAACAUUCACUGGUGAACAGCAAUAGUCCUGGUUACACAGAAUAUCGCAGACGUUACGAACACCAACGAACGCAGAGCCGUGUUGUUCCUGUAGGACAUCAUUCUUUGACAUCAAUUGAUGAUCAAUUUGGUUCCUCGUCAAGUCACCAUGAACACGUAGAUCAACAUGCAGAAAAUUUGGAUAAUGAAGUUGAAAUGGUACAAUCAGCAAGUUCAAAAAAUCCUCAAUAUUCGCACGAUCAUCAGGUAAACGAGUCUGAAGAAAUAGAACCCGAGAAUCCUGAUUUGAUGUCUGAGGACGAAUAUGAAAACGUUGAUUUGGACUAUCAAGAGGAUCAACAAAGAAGAGUUAACUAAUUUCUUUUGGUUUAAAAUCUGUAUAUGACAUAAAAAUAUAAAUAUGUAAAAAAUAAAGUCAUCUUACUUACAUC